UUAAAAUCUAAUGUAGCGCUUUAGUUUGGAAGGUUAUGGAUUAAAGCUUCAGGGUGUGGCAUCAAAUUGUGAUUUAUGAAAUACUGAGAACAAACCGAGCAUAUUAUGCUAUGUACAAUAACUAGUCCCCUGCGACAACUAUUGUCGACUAAGUUAAACGGUGUUUCAUUUUCACUCUUCAGUUUUGACACUUGAUCUAGUAUCACUCAACCGUCAUUCGAGUUUGAACAAUUUAAGAUAAUUAUUCCUUUCAUUGAACACAUAUCUAUAGUCACAUUUCAUAUAUCUCAGACUAUUUGAUUGCAAACGUAGUUAAUAUCGCCGAACUGAUCUCAGCUCGAAGAACACGUCAGAAGUUUUUUUAAGAUAAUGUGCUAGAAUAGCAAGUGGUUUAGUGGUCCACCAAAGUGGACAGUGGUUGCUGAUGGUGUGUGUACAGAUCAUUUCAACAAUGUCUAGUAAAUAAAUCUAUGCGGGAUGUUGGGCUCCACUUCUCCCACUCCACGCCACGAGUUCACCGAAAUGUCUCGUUUGGCCGACUACUUUGUAGUUGUCGGUUAUGAUCACGAGAAAGAAAGGAGUGGGAUAAGCAAUGGGAUGAUUCUGCAGAGAUUUCCCAAAAAAGACUGGCCGGAUACACCAUUUAUAGAAGGGAUAGAAUGGUUUUGUCAACCACAAGGAUGGGCUCUGUCAACCGACAGACAAGAACCUCGGUUCUUUGUGUCCAUUCUAACAGACAUCGACGCAAACCGUCAUUAUUGCGCAUGCAUGUGCUUCAAUGAAACAGUCUCGAUAACACCCAGUAAGCCAGUUGACGAAGAAGAAGACCCAGUUGAUGCAGAUAGUCGUACUUUGGUCAGAAGUAUACCUGCAAUUACUCAUCAUAGCAUUAUGUAUGCUCCAAAAUGCCUGGUGCUGGUUUCCAGGCUCGAUUACAUUGAAACAUUCAGAAACUGUCUUGGAAUCAUCUAUACCGUGUAUGUGGAAAAUCUCGGUAUACCUCUCGAAACUUUAGUCGGAAAUAUUCUGGGAUGUAUACAAGUACCCCCGGCGGGUGGGCCGCAGGUACGCUUCAGUAUUGGAGCUGGAGACCGUCAAGCGCUUCAACCACCGAUUAGCCCUUCACUUCCUAUCACUCACACAAGUGUCAACCUAUUAUUUCAACAGCUCGGUAUACGCAAUGUACUUGUGCUCUUCUGUGGGGUAAUGACAGAACAUAAAAUUUUAUUCCACUCCGCAAGCUACUCCCGUCUAACGGAAGGUUGCCGAGCUCUUACUGCGCUAAUGUACCCAUUUCGAUAUACGCACGUUUACAUUCCACUGCUUCCUGCUGCCUUGGUAGAAGUUUUGAGUACACCCACUCCCUUUAUUAUGGGGGUUCACAGUUCGCUUAAAUACGAAGUUGCUGAAUUGAUGGAUGUCAUAGUGGCUGAUCUUGACGGAGGCUCUAUAACGGUACCUGAUGGAGUGUCCUUGUCGUUAUUGCCAGAACCUCUGUUGUCACAAACCCAGGAUGCAUUGUCGCUAGUUCUACAACCAGAACUAAGUUGUGCUGAUUACGCUUUUCCACCUUUAGCAACUAGAGCUCCACAUCCUCCCAUGUUGGACAAAGAACUUCGAGCCGUGUUUAUGCGCACAUUUGCUCAGUUGCUGCAAGGUUAUCGGAGUUGUCUUACAUUGAUACGCAUACAUCCAAAGCCAGUCAUAACUUUCCACAAGGCUGCGUUUUUGGGUGAACGAAAUCUGACGGAUUGUGAUUUUACAACAAAGGUACUCGACUGCAUGUUCUUUACUUCUUUCAUCGUGGAACGAGGACCCCCGUGGCGGCCUUGCGACGUAUGGGAUGAGUUACAUAGUAAUCUAAGUGAUCAUCUUAAACAAGAAGCGCAAGAUCAUCGUUUGCUAUUGACACACAUCCAAGAAUUAGCGCAACAACUUUACACAAAUGAGAAUCCGAACCCCCAACCUUACGUUCAGAAAAUUCUCAAACCCCCUGAAGGAGCAUUCGCCAGAAUCCACCAACCACCAUUACCACUCAUUAAUUGCGAGCAAGUGGAGGCAAUAAUCGAUGAAGGGCUGGCUAAAAACAAUCUCAAAAUGAGAUUGUCUUCCUUGAGGCCUACUCAGCCACGUAUAGUUCCUAUGGGGCCCCAUAUCUCCAUAAUCCAUGACAGUAGACAUUUAGUAAGUAAUUCUGCACGGCGGUUAGAGGUCUUGCGGAAUUGUAUAAACUGUAUAUUUGAGAACAAAAUAUCAGAUGCGAGAAAAACAUUUCCUGCGGUAUUGAGAGCUUUAAAAAGCAAGGCAGCUCGACUAGCGCUCUGCAUGGAGCUUGCUCAGCAUGUUGUUGGGAAUAAAGCUAUGCUCGAACAUCAACAAUUUGAUCUUGUAGUACGGUUAAUGAAUUGCGCUCUACAAGAUGAUUCUUCAAUGGAUGAACAUGGUGUAGCGGCAGCUUUACUCCCGCUGGCGACAGCAUUCUGCAGAAAAUUGUGCACAGGUGUUAUACAAUUCGCGUAUACUUGUAUCCAAGAACAUGCAGUCUGGCAAAACCAACAGUUCUGGGAAUCUGCAUUUUAUCUUGACGUUCAGAAGGAUAUCAAACGGCUUUAUUUACCCGGUGAAAACACUCCGCCACGGUCAUUCAAUGACAACAUACUCAGUCCUAUCAGCCCUCGAGACACAAAAGAGUUUCCGUUUAAAGAUAGGUCUUCGAUGUAUCGAGCCCAAGAACCUUCUGCAUUAGAAAUAGCUGCGGAACAAAUGAGGAUUUGGCCGGCUAUAGAUGCUGCGAAACAACGAGAAUUAGUAAUUAGUGAAGAGAGUACAAUGUAUAGCCAAGCUAUACACUAUGCCAACAGGAUGGUGUAUCUUCUGGUACCACUAGACAUUGGAGCAAAAGCUCACAGGCAAGACAAUGUAUGCGACGAUGAACGAGCAAGCAACAGCAUUACUAAUAGUGUAGCUAGUGACAGCGGCGAUGCUGAAUCAGGUUUUGAAGAAACCGAUCCUGGGGAAACUGGGGUUGCAGUAAUACGUAUGGUUUCUCGAUUCGUAGACAGAGUUUGCACAGAGGGUGGCGUGAGCACAGAACAUGUGAGAUGUCUUCAUCAAAUGGUACCUGGUGUGGUCCACAUGCACAUAGAAACUCUUGAGGCUGUGCAUCGUGAAAGCAAACGAUUACCUCCUAUUCAAAAGCCCAAAAUCUUGACACCUAACAUGUUACCUGGCGAGGAAGUGAUAAUGGAUGGACUACGAGCAUAUCUGUUGCCUGAUGGUAGAGAGGAGGGAUCUGCAGGUUUACCGAAAGUACCACCUCUUCUGCCUGCAGAAGGAGCUAUUUUUUUGACAAAUUAUCGGAUAGUAUUCAAAGGGAUACCCUGCGAUCCAUUUGCUUGCGAGCAGUUAGUAGUAAGAGCUUUUCCAGUAACCUCUCUGACAAAAGAGAAGAAAGUCACAGCUCCGCACUUGGCCCAUUUGGAUCAAUGUCUCCAGGAAGGCUUACAGUUACGGUCGUGUACCUUUCAACUGAUAAAGUUAGCUUUCGACGAAGAAGUGACACCUGAAAAUAUUGAGACGUUCAAAAAACUGGUGCACAAAGAGCGCUACCCCCCACAUAUCUUCCAUCACUUUGCUUUUAAUGGUCAAGUCAUGGUUACGCAGACUACACAUCAUAAGGGAAAGGAGAAGAAUGCCACUCUAAAGGGUUUUGCGAAGAAAACUCUUUUGAAAACUGCCCGAAAGGCAGGAUUCAAGCCCAAACAAUCAUCCAAGAGGCAGAAAUAUGUUUUACCAAACAUGAAUUUCACAAGUAACAACAAAUACAUGACCUCACCUGGUAGAAUGAGCCUGCCUGUCACAGAUAGCAAUGACCUGAGCCACGACGAUGAUCUGAGUAUUGACGAAUUUGAAAUUCCCGGAAUCAUGCCCCAACCUCCGACAGAUGCCAAAACAUUAGAGCGCCUCUCGGAGCGAAGCUAUGUGAGAGAUUGGUAUCGGCUCGGAUUAUAUCCAAGUAGUCCUCAAAAUAAUCGACGAAACGAGCCGUUUCGUUUAUCCUCUGUAAAUUGCGCAUACAUGAUGUGCAGAAGCUACCCAGCCCUGUUAAUAGUUCCUAAUAGUGUGACCGACGAGAGUAUCAGAAGAUUUUGCCGAUUGUACAGGCAUAGCAGAAUACCAGCUAUCACUUGGCGCCAUCCUAGAACUAAAGCGCUAUUGAUGAGGGGUGCUGGCUAUCAUGGUAAGGGAGUUAUGGGAAUGUUAAAGGCUCAUCCUUCUUCCACUGGAAAUCUCAAAGCUACUUCUUCAGAGAGUACCUCAUCGUUAGAACUAGAGAAGUAUAUGAUGGCUUUAGUAGCAGCAACUCCAGCUUCGGUAUUACGACAAGGAUCUGCUUGGGGAAUGUCGGAUAGCUCUCUCAGCAUAGAUUCCCUGUUUUUAGCAGCUGAAGACCGAAACGCAACUCCUGAACAAUCCAGAAGAAAUCCAUUCAACAAAGCAAUUGGUACCCUUGGAAUGUUCCCAAGAUCGUCGGGUGGCAAGGGGCCUAAAAACUUCGGACGUUGGGGUUCCCUUAAAGACAAGAGGCAUAAUAGUUCUCAAGCCUCUCUGACGACGGUCAAUCAACGAGGUACCGUCAGGCAUUCGGCAGACUCUGACAGCGGAACUGAAUGUGUACAUACAUUUCAACGUGCAGCGCUUUAUAUUCUUGGGGAGAAAGCCCACAUGAAGGGUGUCAAAGCAGAAUCUGCACCAAAAACAGACUUCAUACCUGUGGAAUAUCAUGAUGUUAGACAUACUAAAGCUGCUUUUAAGAAAUUGAUGAGAGCUUGUGUUCCCAGUUCACUGAAUCCAGAACCUGAACAAAGCUUUUUCAAGUUAAUAGAGAGCUCUGAAUGGUUACAGCAAUUACAAAGCACAAUGCAAUUAGCAGGUGCUGUUAUAGAUCUGAUGGAUGUGCAGGGCUCGUCGGUGACUCUUUGUUUGGAAGAUGGCUGGGAUACAACAGCUACCGUUUGUUCCGUAGCCCAAGUGUGUUUGGAUCCCCAUUACAGGACGAUCGACGGCUUCAGGAUUCUGAUAGAAAAAGAAUGGCUAGGUUUUGGCCACAGAUUUGGACAUCGAAGUAACCUAGCUGUGAACUCACAAACAACGAAUUUUACACCCACUUUUCUACAGUUUUUGGAUAUUGUACAUCAGAUACAGAAACAAUUUCCCCUGGCAUUUGAAUUCAACGACUACUACCUUAGAUUCCUCGCUUAUCACUCGGUAUCUUGUCGUUUCCGAACAUUUCUGUUGGAUUGUGAGUUUGAUAGAGUAGAAUGCGGUAUUACUGCCGUCGAAGACAAGAGAGGUUCAUUGACUAGUCAUCACAAAGGAGUCGAUACAGGAAGCGAUGACGAAACUGUAUAUCCAGGAGGAAGGCUGGCGGGUACAAACAUUGGGACCAAUCUCGGCCAAAGCAUAUUCGAUUACAUCGAAAAACAGCAUACCAGAUCACCACUGUUUUAUAACUUCAUGUAUACUCCGAACACAGAACAUCCGGUUCUUCGACCCGCAUCCCAUUUACCAAGUUUGGAAAUAUGGCAGUAUUAUUUAGAUGAAGAAUUGGCGCAUGGUCCUGGUUAUGAUUUAGAAGUUUUGCAGCAAGAUUCUGAGCAGGAAGAAGAGGCUGAGGCUGCCGAUGGUAUUGUCAAAAGCAACCGGAAAGUCGUCACCCUUGGAUAUGAUGGAUUGAGUACAAUGGUACCGGAUCAGUUCUCACAUUUGUUAGAGGAAAUCCACAAAUUGGAGACAGAGCUCGGACACUUACCACAAAAGUGGAAAGUGCUGUGGGAUAAACUAGAGUUACCAAACACGGAUUCUCUCACCCGUCAUGCAUCCUUCAGUACAGCCUUAGUGAGAUAUCACGGUCGUUUGAUCCAUAAGAGAUCGACACUAGAGCUUCUCUUGAGAGGUAAAAUGGCCGGAGGAAAUCCAACUGGGAAUGAAGGUUCCAUUUAUGGCCACCCGCAUAGGUUCGAAAAAAUAGAUUCUGCCAUGCGUACCCACUGCGACGCAUGCACUGGUGUUUUGUGGGGUCCACUCAAGGCGGGACUAAGGUGCGUCGAUUGUGGUCACGUAUGUCACGAGAAGUGUGCCGAUUCUGUUCCGAAGAACUGCACCAAAUAUAAGGCAGUUGCCGACAACUUGCAAUCUCAUACGCUCACGAGGAGUGGUGGAGAUAACGGCAGUGUUAAUUCCAGCGUUGCAACGAUACAAACAUCCUCUCAGCAAUACUACGAACAAUUCUCAAGCAACGUGGCAGAGAAUCGAACUCACGAAGGCUAUCUCUAUAAACGUGGGGUCGUAUUAAAGGGAUGGAAACAACGUUGGUUCGUCUUAGAUUCAAUAAAACAUCAGCUGAGGUAUUACGAUGCGAUGGAAGAUUCUCACUGUAAGGGAUAUAUCGAUCUAGCAGAGGUUGUGUCCGUUACACCAGCGGCGCCGACUCCAGGUCCACCGAAGAAAACGGACGAUAAAUCAUUCUUCGAUCUGCGUACCAAUAGACGAACUUAUAAUUUUUGCGCUGGAGACGCAUCUACGGCACAGGAAUGGAUCGAGAAGGUCCAGGCAUGCUUGCAGUAGUGUCUUUAAUAAGUUAUAGUUGUAUAAUUUAAAUUGUGCAAGUGACUGAUAGAAUAAUUGCAAUUUUAAUUUUGUUACAUACCUCUGUAUAGUCAAGCGUAAUCGUGUAUGUGUUAUGUGGCUACGGUAUUUUUACUUUGGAAUAUUCAACGAGCCAAAAUCAACCAAUGGAAGAAACGAUCGUCAAGCCACAGAGCAGGCGGAUAUAUUCGAAAUAGCCCAAUUGUUAGGAGCGAUAGCAAAUGUAAUAUUGUAUAUUAUUAUGUUGAAUUUAAUUCUAAUUACUUUAAAACUCAUGAAGCCUAGCUGGAAGAUGAAUGAUCAUUAAAAAUUUAUAACUGUUAAGUUUUCCUCAAAUUUUUCUUUUACUUUAUACGUAACUUUCAACAAGUAAAUUUUGAAAUUUAUAUAUCAUUAUGGAUAGAUAUAUUUGAAAUAAUUAGGACAUAGGAUAUAAAUAUUAUACAUAGAUACCUUUAGGUGUACCUCUUGAUAUAUUUCCUAAUAAGAAUAUGUCUUGUUUUUGGGUUGAAAUUUUAUCGUCGUUUAUCUUCUCUAGAUAAAUAUGAAAAAAGAUGAA